CACGUGACCCUAGUUCACUUAGCUCUACCUGGAUUCAAGGUAUUCAGUCUCUUCUUGGGUUAUAUGACAAUAGGUCUAUUCAAGCCACAAUGAAGCCAGCAACAAACUUUCUGUACGUCACACUAUCCUCGCUUAUAGUAAAUGCAGUAGAUUUUCAAGUAUCUUUGAGUGUAAGUCUACAAAACGAAGGAAACAGUCCCACAGCUAAGUUUACCUGUAGCUGGACUGCCAACACAGAUACUAAGGUGACAUACGUUGCUUUCCACUACUGGAUAAACAGCGUCUACUGGAAGGUCAGAAGCGUCUACGCUUGCAAGGUCGGACUCAAUUUUCUUUCGUGCGAUCAAGGCCGAUUUUGGGAUGAACAAUUCGGUGUCGAAUCUAACAAACCAGACAGUAUCAAUUUCACACUAAGUAACUUAACAACAAUGGAGAAUGUCACUUAUUACUGUAGUGUCCUUGCUUUUAACAAUGCCUAUACUGCACAAGCUACUAUAGAAAACAUAUCAGAGACAAUCAUAACUACGACUACACUGUCAAAACCUGAGACAUCCCCAACAGACUCUCCAAGUCUUACAUGGUCUGACUCCAUGACAUCCCCAACAGACUCUCCAAGUCCUACAUGGUCUGACUCCAUGACAUCCCAAACAGACUCUCCAAGUCCUACAUUGUCUGACUCCAUGACAUCCCCAACAGACUCUCCAAGUUCUACAUGGUCUGACUCCAUGACAUCCCUAAGAAAAUCAUCAAAAUCCGAAACUUCACUCUGGAUUGUGGCUGGGAUCCCAUGUUUGAUUGUAAUUGUGGUGAUUGUUGUUGUGAUCAUAGUCUGCUGUUGUUGUAAGGAAAAGAUAAGUCAAUGCUGCUGUAAGAGUAAUGCAGGAAAAGUACAACCAAUCAUCUAAAAACUGAAAACAACUAUGUUUCAUUGUGUUUUUUUUUUCUUUCCUAAUUAGACUAUUUUUUCUUAGUUCUUUUUUUUUUUCAGAAUUUUAUGUGAAAUUAGAGUCAUUCCAGUACCUUAAUUUUUUUUUUUAUGUAAUAGCGAAAUUCAAUAUUUUUGGAAAACAUAUUCUAUAUCGAGUCUAUUUUUAUUAAACAGUAGGUACUUGCAAGUAUAUAUGAAUUUUGCGAAUUUAAAUAUAUAUUUAUAUCUCUAUAUUAGUUGUCAAAAUAAUUAUUGUAUAAUAUUAUAUAAUUAUGGACCAGUUUCUUUUACAAACAUUUUAAGCAUAUCUAUGAAAAUGUGAAACCAACUAACAUUCUGUUCCCCCUAAAUUAUAAUUUUUCACUAACUUAUUGCUUGCUUGUUUUAACAAUCAUUGAGUUCUUGGUUCAAGGGCGGGUAAAAAUAGGUUUAAUUUUUUUUUAAAUCUCUCAUUUAUUAGUUAUUAAGAACAAAAUUAUCGCUCUUAUAAAGGUUCCUGAGCCAUAUAAAUGCGUAUUUUGUUAAAUUAUUUUUUUUUUUUUUACUUGCUAAUCUGUUCUUUUAACUAUUUUACGAUCUCUUCAUUUUCGUAGUCUGGAAAACCUGUUUUAUUCCAAAACUAGACAUAUGUUACCCGCGACCCGCGGGUCUUUAUUUGCGCAUUACUGUCGAUAUAGUCACUGAGAGUGUUUUGUAAACAAUUAAACGAAAUAAUAAUGUAAUAAGUAAAGCGAAUGUGUCAAUGUAAAAAUAGUGUGAAUGAAGCUAUCAGAUCAAAAUAGCUAAUAGGGGAAAAUCCAUUUUUGUUUAAAUUAAAACAUUUGCUUUUGGAUAAUCUAGUGGAUUGGAUUUAGAUGUAUGUUAAACGUAGCUAAUGAUCCUUUCACGUUAUUUCUCUUUCGCUACGAAAAUAAAAUUAGUUUUGCGAAAAUGGUUUACCCGAAGUCGAUACAUUCUUAUCUAUUAAAAACGAAAAGAGCGAUAGCUUUGUUCAAUAAAUGGGAUUAUAAAGUGAACAAUUAAACGAAAUAAUUUUUAGUACGCGAGUCAUGAAUGAAUAUAGAUCUAGGCCUAUCUCAACUCGGCUUCGCAGCUUUUGUAAGCGAAUGUAGCUUUAGAAAACCAAAUUUUAAUGUUUAUUUGAUCAAAAUAUGAAAUGAAUGGACUUUAAUUAAUAUAUUUAUGUGUUAAAGUAUAAAACUAUCUGUGCGAAGAGAAGUUUUAUCAUCUUAGAGUUGGAUUAGAGUUUUAGAUCUAGGGAUGGUAUUAUAAAGUGAACAAUUAAACGAAAUAAUUUUUAGUACGCGAGUCAUGAAUGAAUAUAGAUCUAGGCCUAUCUCAACUCGGCUUCGCAGCUUUCGUAAGCGAAUGUAGCUUUAGAAAACCAAAUUUUAAUGUUUAUUUGAUCAAAAUAUGAAAUGAAUGGACUUUAAUUAAUAUAUUUAUGUGUUAAAGUAUAAAACUAUCUGUGCGAAGAGAAGUUUUAUCAUCUUAGAGUUGAAUUAGAGUUUUAGAUCUAGGGAUGGGAUUAUAAAGUAAACAAUUAAACGAAUUAAUUUUUAGUACGCGAUUCAUUACGGUAUUGUCUAAUGAAAGAAUGUUCGUCAGGAAAUCUGUAAUCACAGAUAUAAGGAACUAAUUAAUGUAAAAAAUGCUUUUGAAACACAAAAUUGAAGAUUAAUUUUAUUAUAUAAUGAAAUCAAUGGAUCUUCUUUUGUAUUUUUAUGUGUCAAAGUAAAAAACUAUCUGCGCAAAGUGUAUUUCUUAAAAUUAGAUCUAGGUCUAAAUCCUUUCUAUCUUUUCUUAUGUCAACAUUGUAGACAUGGCCUAGAUCCAUAAAAUACUAUAGCUGUAAUAGAGUCGGACAACUUUAUUUUUUUUUUGAGGGUCUUACAUUUGUUUUAGGGCUACAAUACAUUCACUAAGGUCUAAGUUGGUACCCAAGGAACAUUCCUGCCUAGUUUUAUCAAGAUUGGUCAAGCGGUUUUGAUGUCUAUAAGUAACAUACAUACAUACAUACCCCUCACAUUCUACUUUAUAAUAUAGAUAACUGAAAAAAUAAAAUUUGCUAUAUUAUAAUUUGGUAUAUCCAUGUUCUCUUUGCUUCUAUCUGCUGUAUAUAAAGUGUCUCGAGAAAACCCACAAGUACUUUGCUAUAGCUCUGUACAUAUAUAUAUAUACUAGCCUGAUAAGACCCGCGGCCUACGGGCUUUACUUUGGGUAUUACUGAUCUCCUGGCGCUGAAGAGAGAGAGGAGCCCCCACUUUGUGAGUACUGUGACUCUCGCACACCGUGGAACAUAUCCUCGUUGAUUGCCCCAGAUACCAGGAUGUCAGGGAGAAAUAUUUUAGAGCCACUAACUUAAAAACACUAUUUGAUAAUGUCGACCCUGGGAAUGAAAGUGGGGUUGUCUACGAAGAUCUGAUUUAUGAAUUUACCAAAAUAUUAAAUUUUUACUACCUUUACUAUUUUAACUGUAAAUAGACCUUGAUUUUACUGAUUUAACUGUAUAGAAUUUAGCCCUUGUUAUGUAGAGAGAGAGCAGUCCAUAAGGGAAUGCAGGCACGACAGGGCCUAAAUUGUGCCGAUGUGCCUAAAAUCAAAAUCAAAUCAAAUCACUGAUCUCCUGGAUUGAAUUUAGAUCAAUAUUAAAUAUGGAGAAUGUUCACAUUUUUUUUUCUAUUUUUCCACGAAAAUAAAAGCAGAGUAUAAAAAUGGGUAUACCCGUUACAUACUCAUAUCUCAACUUCUGUGUAAAAGGGUUUACCAGGUUUGUUUAAAAGUUGUAUUAUACAAUUUGUUACUUUUGUGUCUAUUUUUUUUUAGGGCCAUAAAGUUGUGGGAGGGACAUUAAACAUUCACUAGUCUCCGCUAUGAGCUAAGGAACUUUUGUACCAAGUUUUAGCGAGAUUGAUCAAACGGUUUUGAUUUUUAUUCGAGACAUACGCCUGACUUUCUGCUUUAUAUAUUAGAUUUAAUCAUAACAUGGCUAUUCCUCGUAUCUGAACUCAAUUCCCUAUACCUGUGAAAUAAAUUAAUUGUUUGAUGUUUU